AUUUGAAUGUUCAAAUUUUAGGUAUCCCUGUCCUUGCAGUUACUAAAGCAAAUAAAAUGUGAAAGAUAAGAGUUUGUAGUAAACGAUGUGAUGCUAUCUUAAAUCUAACUAUAUAUAGUUAGAUUCAGCUGUGAAGUGAAGAACUAAAAUGCCGGAGUGAUUUUGGGCAGAGCAAUGCAACCCAUUGGGCUCUGCCUUAUUUCUCUAAAGAUAAUCGUCAGCUGUUCGUCCAUUCCCACUUUAACAACUUUUAAAGCUUUGGAUAAACUCGUGGAAACCUAUGAUAGUUAUAACGAUUAUUAUGAACACGAUCAUGAUCACAGUGACCUGUAUGAUCACGAUGACAAUCAUAGUGACUUGAACAACACCAAUUAUGAUCACAGUGAUCUGUAUCAUCCAAUAAAUGACCGAGUGAAUUCUGGUGAUGAUAUUGAAAAUCCUUCUGAUUCUGAUCAACUCCAAUCUGAUGCAGACUCUGAGGAUAAUGCCAAGAAUAAGCGUGAUAGAUACUCUAAAAACACCAAGCUAGGUUGUAAAUCUAAUGGAACACCUGGCCCACCAGAGUUUGAUGAGUCCAUCGUAAAACUUGUUUUAAUAUCAGGAGCUAAUCUAGGAUCUAGGCAUGAUCUAAACUGUCCUUACAGGGGUUGUCCUAAACCAUUAAUAAAAUGGAUCAAGGACGGAAAGGAGGUGAAGAGAAGAAGUUAUGUAAUGGGGCAGUCGGAGAUAUCUAUUAAUAGAAGACGAGGCAGACUAAGUAUUAUGAAUAAUCGGCGGCCGGACGAUGGUUUCUACACCUGUAUUAUUUCUAAUGAAUAUGGUUCCAUCAAUCACACCAUUCAGGUUAAAUCUGUUGAGGUCCGAUUGAACCAGAAGCCUGAAAUUAAGGAACCGCUGGAGAACUCUACUUUAUUGGUUGGCUCCAACCAUACUCUAGUAUGUGAACCUCUCACCAGGGAUAACGUGCAGGCCAAGAGGAUAACUUGGUGGAGGCAUUACCAAGUAGAUGGAAGCUAUACAAACUCGGAAGGGAUGGCAUACUGCACUGAGUUAGAGACCUUUAUGGAGACAAGAUUGGACUUGUUAAACUUGCAGACAAAUGACAGUACCUACUACUCCUGCAGCAUUGAGAACCAUUUCGGGAGCACACUCAGUACAGCAUUCAUCAACGUUGUCGAGACUUUGGACAAGGAUCACGAGAACAGAAAUGGAUGGUACCUUGUAGCAGCAGUGGGAAUAACAGUGCUGGCCUUCAUCUUUUUUUUCAUCGGUUUACUCAUUUACUUCCGCAGGAGAUAUAAGGAUAAAUUGGAUACUGUCACUCAUAAAUUGGAUACUGCCACUCAUAAAUUGGAUACUGUCAAAAUGCAUGUUACUCAAGUAAAAACGCUUAUAGUGUCCAAAGGGGAUUCAUUAGAGCCAAUCAUAACUUCAAUCAAGGAAAGGCAAGAGCAUGAAGGAGAUGCUGCUAAUUUUGAGUCAGAGUACAAAUUUCCGGAGGAUCCGCUUUGGGAGUUUCCUAGACAUCUUUUAUCUUUUGAUAAACCCCUCGGCGAGGGUAAUUUCGGAUGUGUCAAGUUGGCAAGUGCAAUUGGGGAAAUUAGGGAUGGUCGUCUUGUGACCCACCAGGAUCCGACCUCUCAAUCUAAGAGGGUGAUGGUGGCCGUGAAGAUGGUGAAGGAGUCUAACAAUGACGAGGAUGUGACGGGACUACUUAGAGAGGCCGAGAUAAUGAAGGUGAUUGGUAGACAUCAGAAUAUCAUCAACCUUAUUGGAGUCUGUAGUCAACCUGUGGGAUCUCAUCUUCUAGUUCUCGUGGAAUUUGCAAAGUAUGGAAAUUUAAAAGAAUUUUUAACCAAAAGAAAACCUGGAACUCUGGAGCUCUUAAAGGAAAGAAGUCAGGGGAGAGAACUUCACAAACCGGUAACAGAUGAUGAGAUCGGUCCUGUGAGUCUCAAGAUGAUGCUUUCAUUCGGAGUUCAGGUGGCUAAGGGAAUGGAAUUUUUAUCCAAUAGACGAUGUGUACACAGAGACCUAGCUGCCAGAAAUGUACUAGUUGCUGAUAACUUUACUCUUAAAGUAGCAGACUUUGGAUUGGCACGAGACGUUCAGGAAAAAGACUAUUACCGGAAGGAAGGAAAGGGAGGGUUACCGUUGAAAUGGAUGGCGCCAGAGUCUAUUCAAGAGCGUAUAUCUACAACAAUGUCAGAUGUUUGGUCAUUCGGAAUUCUGCUUUGGGAGAUUUUAACGUUUGGGGAUUCUCCAUACAAAACAAUACAAGACCAGCUGACCUUAAUGGAUUUCAUUCAGGUGAGUUUUUAGUUGAAAAAUAACUGC